UUCGGAACUAAAAUUUUGUAUAAAUACUCUCAGUGGUAAAGCAUUUAAAACAGUACACUGGGCUGUCUUAAAAGGAUAAACUUUACAAUGGAUUCAAAGGUAACGUUGUACGAACACGAUUUUAAAGGAAAGAGCAAAGGUUUUACAAAAUCAUGUCCAGAUUUAACAGUGGAUGGCUUCAACAACAUCACUUCAAGUGUUAAAUGCGAAAAAGGGGUGUGGAUUUUAUACCAGGAAAAAAACUACAAAGGACAAAUAUUUGUCAUUAAAGAUGGUGAAAAAUAUGGUUAUGAUAAGUUCAAAGGCUAUUUCAAUGACAAAGCAUUAUCUUUGAGAUUGUUAGACGAAAAUGAUUUCAAUGGAGAGCCGGAGUGUACAUUGUACAAACAUGGGAAUUAUACUGCACCAACUCUAACUUUCGCUGAUGAUGUAAAAAGCCUUAAAUGCUACAAUUUUGAUAAAAUGACGUCAUCAGUUGUGGUGAAAAGUGGUGCGUGGGUUGGAUUUACUCAACCGAAUUAUGAUGGAUAUCAAAGUCUGUUUCUGAAAGGGAGUUAUAACUUUUCGGAUGCACCAAAUGAUAAAGGUGGAUUUAAGAAUGACGUCCUGUCUUCUUUCAGCAAAAUCAUGCUGAAACCAUCAGCUCCGGGUAAGAUGAAGCUGCUAAAGAUUGAUUAUGACCAGGAGGAAGCAUGUAUCAGCAAGACUCCCACAUCCGUCUUUAGAUGGAUGCAGGUGAACAGUGGUUCGGUUGUUCAGACUGUACCAAAACAAGAAGAAGUAACCAUUAAAAGAGAAGCAACUUACGAGUUCAAAUGGGACAGAGCAGCUAAAGUAUCUGCAACAUUGACAGCAAAAACUCAAAUUCCGUUAGUUGGUAAAACAGGAAUCAGUAUGAGUGCUGAUAUGUCCGUUAGUAUGGGCAGUACUGCAGGAACUAAUAAGUCAAAAGCUGAAGAAUGGGCUCCAGAAUAUCCGUCAAAAAUCAAACCAUAUACUAGAGCUACAGUAACAUCGACAUUGACCCAAGUGAAUAUCAGCAUUCCAUUUACCGCCCUAUUGUGUUACGAAGCCGACACAGAACGCACAAUAAUAGAAAAGGGCGUGUUUUAUGGAACCCAGUACUUUGGUUUUCACAGUGAAUCCAAGGAAACAAAAGAACCUACACUAAAGCCAAAAUAAACGUUUUGUCUCUUCUGUGAUUUGGCAGUGGUAUUUGUAUAUCAAACAAUCGUGUCUGUUUGUUUUAAAGAUUUUCUCUGAUUGUGUACUACUUAUGUGUUUUUACUAUCUAUGUAGGUCAUAUGAAAGUAAUCAGAUAUGUUAAUGUAGAUGUUUGUUUUGUUUGUGUACUUACUAUGCUUUUCUACCUGUGUAGGACAUUCAAAGUAAUCUAUGUUUUAAAUAUAGAUGUUUGUUUUGUUUGUGUACUAUUCGUGUUUUUUUCUAUCUAUGUAGGACAUUAAAAGAAAUCAGCUUUUUGAUUGUA